UUGUCUGCCUCCAACUUGCAAACCCUCAUGAAGAGUACUACUCAGCUCCAGAUGCUUACCCAGGGUUCCGUUCCUACUUGGUCUAUUGGCAAGAAGUACAGCAGUGCUGACUUUGGUAAGAUGUUGGUCACGUACGGUGAAGCUUGUACCCUGGGUAAGGUUUCAUCCACCAAUGUUGCUGCUAUCAACGGUGUCUUGCAAGAGAUUGACUCUGCCAAGAUCUUUUAA